AUGGCAUCGAUUAAUUAUGACCAAAUAAAGGAAGCUGCCACUCAUCAUCCAAAACCUCAAGAUAUCAAAUAUACCUAUGGAACUGCCGGGUUUCGGAUGAGGGCGGAUCUUUUGGAUUCGGUAGUCUUUAGGGUCGGCAUUCUAGCGGCUCUACGCUCAAAGAAACUCGACUCUAAGUUUCUCGGAGUCAUGGUUACUGCAUCGCAUAAUCCAGAAAGGGAUAAUGGAAUAAAACUUGUGGAUCCAUACGGUGACAUGUUGGAGCAAUCUUGGGAAGAAUAUGCCACGCAAUUGGCAAACUCUCAGACUGAAGAUGAACUUGUGGAAGUAAUUAAGCGUAUCGUGGUUGAAAAUAAUAUUGAUGAAACGAAAGAGGCUAACGUGGUAUAUGCUAGAGAUACAAGGCCAAGUGGUCCGGCAUUGGUGAUGGCACUUGAAGAUGGAUUAAAGUCUGUUGGUUCCGAGGUUAUUGAUUUUGGUAUUAAGACUACCCCACAACUUCAUUAUAUGACUUGUUGUUUGAACACGAAAGGUACUGAAAAGAGUUAUGGAGAUCCCUCUGAAUUGGGAUAUUACAAAAAACUAGCUGAAGCUUUUCGAAAGGCUGUGGAUGGUAAACCACGAAUAUCUGCGUUAUAUGUUGACUGUGCCAAUGGCGUAGGUGCCCCUAAACUCAGUGAACUUGCAAGGCAUGUUGGUGAUGAUAUUUUGGAAGUCAUAGUAGCUAAUGACGAUACGAGGACUCAGGGAAAACUAAAUCAUCUCUGCGGAGCAGAUUACGUAAAAACCUGUCAAAGAUUACCACUUGGAAUGGACAUUGAAAAAGGCAAACGAGGUGCAUCUUUGGAUGGUGAUGCAGAUCGUAUUGUAUUUUAUUUUGUCGAUGAAGAUGGCACAUUUAAACUGUUGGAUGGCGAUAAAAUCGCUGCGCUAGCUGCCAGUUUUGUCAUAGAUCUUGUAAAAACUGCUGGAGUCGAAGGAGUUAAGGUAGGCGUGGUUCAGACCGCGUAUGCUAACGGCAGUGCUACCAAUUACCUGAAAAACGUGAUGAAAGUUCCCGUAUCCUGUGUAUCUACUGGCGUGAAACAUCUCCAUCAUGAAGCCACAAAAUACGAUAUUGGUGUUUAUUUCGAGGCUAAUGGGCAUGGUACCGUCCUUUUCAGUCCUGAGGCAUUGAAAACAAUCUCUUCUGCUAAAUGUGAAACGGCAGAACAAGAAGAUGCUCUCAAGAGAUUACGUGCUUUAACCGAUUUAAUUAAUCAAACUGUGGGAGACGCGUUAUCUGACAUGUUGCUUGUCGAAGCAAUUCUCGUUAACAAGCAAUGGACCUUAAAAGAUUGGGAUCAGGCAUACACGGAUUUACCCAGUCGUCUAGUCAAAGUCGUCGUAUCCGAUCGGCACAUAUUUAAAGGAACUAAUGCCGAAAGAACCCUUAUUGAACCUGUGGGGCUUCAAGAGAAAAUCGAUGCAUUGGUUGGGAAAUACAAGGAUGGAAGAUCAUUUGUUCGGCCGUCCGGUACUGAGGACGUUGUACGUGUUUAUGCCGAGGCAGCCACACGAGAAGAGUGUGAUGAGUUAGCAUACAAAGUUUCCGGUCUGGUUUAUGAUGAAGCUGGUGGCACUGGUGGAAGGCCAGAAGAAUUUUUGUAA